GUCUAGUUUAGUUUGAUCUAUUUUAGUCAUUUCCUGAGCACACAGAAAAACAACAAAGAAAAAUUCUGUGAAAAUGAAGAUGUCUGAUAACAAGGAGACGCACACUUUGUACUGUACUGUGUGGAGCAAAUGCCAUGGCUUCCACCACGGCCGGUCGCGCCUCAACGAAUACACUUCACAGGAAAACGUAAGUUUUGGUGAAGCGGGAAAGCCACUGUGUUGUUUUUGGCUUCAAGCUUCGAGCAAAGAUGGCGACCAUCUUCGCCGCCUUUGGCAAGACAGUGGGCAACAACAAAGGUUCAAUACAAAACUUUGGGAUAGUUGGUGUAACAAUUGCCACUGAAGAAAUUGCCAAGUUCAUAUUUUUCUACUGCCCAUGCGACUACCCAGCUAAUAAGAUUUACGGCUCUGUGUUUAUAUGGGGUCCUGCCUUUGUGUUGCUCCUCGCAGGCUUUCUAGUAAACCGUCGUACUUGGCGACUCACCACAGGCUUGUGCAACCGAACCAAUGGAGUGGGGAAAGGAGGGAAACGUAUUUUCCAUUUUCUUUUCAUAUUCUUCCAGAUAUUCGUCAAGGCUUUUAUAGCUCCUGCUACGUGGCUUAUACUUGCGUUUCUAAAGGGCGACUACUACGCAUGCGCAAGGUGGCCGAACCCGGAAGACUACCAAGCAAGAGCACGUCAUCAUCUGAAAGCUUCAAAUGACAGCCUACCACGACCAUGCAUGUUCAACCCCAACCCAAUCAAGUUCGAUGGUUCAGAGGCAGAAAUCAUUGCACGGAAUCUACGAGCAGAAAGCCACACCAUCGGUUGGUUUUACGUUUGCUUUGGAAUGAGUAUCGGUAUUGUCCUGGUGUUGAUAUUUCGCUGUCGGUCCAAGUAUUCGUACGAGCAGAGUAAUUACAUUGAUAGAUAUCGUCAGAGUGAAAUACAGCAGUUCGAGGACGAAUUGGAUAAGAAAGCAGCCGAACAAGCAAAACGAAUAGUGGAUGGUUACUUCUCUAAACCAAGAUCCAAGCUAGAAUGGGACCAGAUCGCCGUCAUUAAUGAUAAGGUGACACGAAGCAAGCGUGGUAAAGCAAUAUACAGUCCCUUGCAUAAGUUCGUUAACAAAGAGCUUCGGUUGGCUGAGGAAGGCCAACAAAUAAACGACCUGGUCAGUGAUGCUGCCAUGAAGCUUAAGAGCUUUGGCUUCAAGCGAAAGCAAGUUCAACCACCAAAGGAGAAAAAUGGAACUGAGAAGAAAUCUUCAAGUAAAAAGUCGAAGGAACCAACCGCCGCUACCGGACCUUCCCUUCCCAUGACCGCCAUGUUGAUGAACCGAGGUGGAAAAACCAAGAUUGUAAAGCAACCACCCGUCGAGUUAAAGCAAGACACCUUUCAGAACGUGGCCGAUCAACCGACACCUGCUCCGGCUAAACCUACUGGUGUCGCUAUAGUGAAUGAAACAGGUUUUGUAGCAGUUGACCCCACCGCACCACCGCCCGAGAAAAUCGCUCAGCCACCGCCCGAAAAAUAUUGCUCAGCCCCCGCCGACCCAGCAGUUUACCCCGGCCGUAGUGAAUCCACCCCCGACUGCGCAGUUGCCGGAUCCAGCACCAGUACCAGCUCAGGUGCCCCAGGCAGUCGCAGAUCCCCAGCCUAACGCCGACAACGUGAUCCAUGCUGCUGUGAAAGAGACCUCACUCGGGGACUUUGGAGGCGCCGUUUCCCGGGAGGAUAUAUCUCACAUCAGUCACUCUUCCGACGAGGACGUCGCGGAUGGCGACUACCGUCCUCUAGAUAAAGAUGAUGGUCAAGACUACGCUGAUGAUGCUCCACAGAUGGAUGAGGAUGAUGUAGGAGGAGGGGAGGACGAGCAACCUCUCUUGGGAGAUGAUUGAACAUCUUGUGCCAAUUUGACUUUUUUAACGUCGAUUUAAUAAUCCAUUAUGUUACUUAUUUCUCCGGUUACCAAUACGUAUAAUGUUGUGUGAGUAAUCCACGUCAAUUACCCAACCGUGCAGUAUAAUGCGUUCGCCACUAACAACACAAUCUCUGUAAACCUGCAUAGCUUAAAAAUAAACGUUGCUGAAAACUUCUCCAA